AUGGCAGGAAAAUCCAAAGCUCGGAAGAAACUAAGCAAGCCGAUUGGUCCUACUUUGGAGUCUCAAGCAAAGAAGACGAAAUCCAUGGAUGAGUUGUUGGAUGUUGCAGCCAUGGAGGUUGAAACAUGUGACGAUGAAACGAUCUCCACAGAAGAGGAGGAUGAGAUUCUUUCACCUAGAACUUCGCUCUCUACUCUGAAAACUCGAUCGGAGGCACACAGAAAUUUUUCUUCUUGCAAUAAUAUUGUUAGCAUAGACUUAGAUGACAUUCAAGAAGAGGUUGAUUACUGGAAUUCAGCUAUUGUGUGUGCUGUGUUGGGGGCUAGCCCUCCAUUAUCUGUUAUUGAGGGGUUUUUUAGGCGUAUUUGGAAGAAUUUAGGGGUUGAUAAAGUAGUAGAAAUUGAACAUGGAGUUUUCAUAGUUCGUUUUCUUACCAUGGAGAAUCGUGAUAAGGUUCUUGCUGACAUCAAACCUACUUUUGAUAAGAAGCCUGUGAUCUGUAAACCAUGGCACAAGGAUAUUGUUCAUUUUAAAGAUGAGGUGAAGGUGGUUCCUAUUUGGAUUCAGUUGAAUAAUCUGGAAUUGAAAUUUUGGGGGUUGCAUAGUCUAAGUAAGAUUGUUGGGACUAUUGGUAAAUUCAUACAAGCUGACCAAGCAACAAUCCAUAGAGAUAAGUUGCAGUAUGCUAGAGUUCAAAUUGAGGUUGCAAUAACUCAGAAUCUCCCUGAUAAGGUGCAGUUUCAUGAUGAACAUGGUAGUCUGAAAUGCAUUAAUAUAGGGAAGCAGAAGGGUAAAAAGAAGUGGGUGCCAAAGGUGGUGAACAAACCUGCACUCCCUGUAGUGGGAAAACCAGUUGAGACAUUUGUGCAGGCUACUAAAACAGUUAAACACAAGAAGGAGAUGACAGCACCUGUUAUGGUGAAUAACUCUUUCCAGGUGUUGGAUACUCAAUGUGCUUCAGAGGAAACAGGGGAAAGGGGAGUAAACAAGGGCACCAAGCAGAGAGAUGUCAAGUCUUUUCUGCACAAUAACAGGUGUGGCAUUGUUUGUCUCCUGGAAACAAAGGUCAAAGGAAAGAAUCUUGGUGCUUUGUACCUUAAUCUGUUUAAGGGAUGGUCCUUCACAUCCAAUACCAUGUCUCACCCUGGUGGGAGAAUAAUUUUAGCUUGGAACCCUGGUGAGUUCCAGGUUAAUCCUAUGUUUUGUUCCAGUCAGUUGAUUCAUUGUGAAAUAGUUGUGAAGAAUGGCAGUAGUUUCUGGUGUUCUUUCAUCUAUGGGCAUAAUUCACAAAAAGAAAGGGUGGCAUUAUGGAAAGAUCUUGGUGAUAUUGCUGCAAGAUUGAAUGGACCCUGGAUUUUGAUGGGUGAUUUCAACUGUGUUCUUCACGCUGGUGAGAGGGUGGGGAGUGCAGUUAGACUUGGUGAAAUUCAGGAUUUUCAAAAUUGCAUUAGCAAGUGUCAAGUUGAGGAUGCUAAAUCCAGUGGAAACUUUUACACAUGGAACAAUAAGCAGCAAGGGGAUAAGAGGGUGUUUUCUAAGCUUGAUAGAGUUUUAAUUAAUCAAGCCUGGAGUAAUCAAUAUCCUAACACUGAGGUGUGUUUCAGGAAUGAGGGUUAUUUUGAUCAUUGCCCAGGGGUUAUCACAGUGUAUCCUCAAGUGGCAGGUGGGAGGAAACCCUUUAAAUACUUUUCCAUGUGGCAAGCAGCUCCACAGUAUAAUGACAUUGUCAAUACUGCUUGGAAUGGUGCUCAGUAA